UUUUUUUUUUGGGGGUCCUUUUCUUCUUCUUGUCUUAAAACGGACGUACGCUAUAUAUUUAUAUCACACAGAUAGACACACUCCUCUACAUCGCCUUGUUCUUAAUCUAACCCUAAAUCCCAAUUCCCCAAGCUUGUAAUCCCAAUAAAUCCCCAAGCUUUAGCGCCAAAUUUUCUAGUUUGUUUAAAUUUUGUCAUGUUAAUUUUGUAUAAUUGUAAUAAGAAUCAGGGUUUAUAUUGAUUCUCCAUGUAUUUAGGGUUGUUUUUAAUUUAUUGUCAUUUUCAUAGCUAGGCCCUUGCGGUGUUAGCAGUAUAUGUUUUUUGGAUUGAAUUUUUGUAGAUGACUGAUUUGUAAUCGUAGAUUAGAUUUAGGGUUAGGGUUUUAAUUUCUAAGAGUGCGAUGGAAAUGGAGAGCUCGCGUAGGCCGUUUACCAGAUCGACUGAAGCAGUGAAGAAGCCCCGAUUGGCCGACGACCGGGGCCUGAACCCGAACCCGAACCCAAAUGGUCGAGCUUUCGCGCAAAGACCCGGUGGAGCUAACCCAGUGCUGUCAAGGUUCAGAGUGAGCGAUAGAGACUCGGAGAGCAAUGACGCGAGUCGCGGCGGGGGCUAUGUGCCGCAGCCACUGCAGCAUCAGGAGCUUGUGAGCCAGUACAAGACGGCGUUGGCGGAGCUCACCUUCAAUUCAAAGCCCAUAAUCACUAAUUUGACGAUAAUUGCUGGGGAGAGCGUCCAUGCGGCGAAGGCGAUCGCGGCCACUGUAUGCGGCAACAUUAUUGAGGUUUCUAGUGAGCAGAAGUUACCAUCACUUUAUCUUUUGGACAGUAUUGUAAAGAAUAUCGGAAGGGAUUACAUAAAAUAUUUUGCUGCCAGACUCCCUGAGGUGUUUUGCAAGGCAUAUAGGCAGGUUGAACCUAAUGUACAUCAAAGCAUGCGCCAUCUUUUUGGAACAUGGAAGGGAGUAUUUCCUGCUCAGACACUUCAGAUGAUCGAGAAAGAACUUGGGUUUGCUUCAGCAGCAAAUGGUUCAUCCUCUGGAGCUGCAACAUCAAGACUAGAUUCCCAGUCGCAACGACCGGCACAUAGCAUUCAUGUGAAUCCCAAAUAUUUGGAAAGGCAACGUCUUCAGCAACCAACAAGGGCAAAAGGAAUGGCCAGUGACUUUUCUGGGGCUAUGGCAAACUCAAUUGAUGAUGCAGAGAGGCCAGACAGAGUAGCAAGUCUCAGUGCUGGACGACCGUGGGUUGAUCCUACUGUUAAAAUGCAUAAUAUGCAGCGUUCUAAUACAGAUGCACAAAGUGAGCGUGUUCAUGAGAAGAACAUCGGCGCUGAAUAUGGAGAAUAUGAAUAUGGUUCUGAUCUUCCAAGGAGUUCAAACUUAGGAAUUGGAAGAAUUGGUGGGAAGAUUACCGAGCAAGGAAAUGAUAAACCUUGGUAUGGCGGUGGCAGCAGUGUUGCAGAAACAAUAUCCAGUCAAAGAAAUGGUUUUAACAUCAAGCAUGGACUUACAAAUUACUCAGCACCUAAAUCUGCAAAUGCUGAUCCUCGCCUGAAGACAGCACCGGCCAUUGCAAGUCGAAGCAGCGGUGUGCUGUCUACUAGCUGGAAGAAUUCCGAGGAAGAGGAGUUCAAAUGGGAUGAUAUGAACUCGAGGUUAACAGAUCAUGGUCCCCCCGAUAUUUCUAGUAACUCAAGAAAAGAUCGCUGGACUUCUGAUGAUUCAGAAAAAUUGGGGUUUGGAGGCCACUUUCAUAAACCAAAAGGUGAAAAUGACUUUUCAACAACAGUUGAUCUGGAUAUGUCUGCUGAUCCUACUGAACAUAAUGACCUAUCUGCUCUUGGGCACCGGAUGUCAUCACCUUGGCCGUUACCGGACUCUCACGGUGUGGAUGGGCUGACCCCUACUGGCACUCCUGUGAUUAGUUCAGUUCAUUCAGAGCGUUAUGCUUCAAGUUUAAGUGGGCUAUCAACAAGUGGAGAUUCUUCUGUAGCUAGGCUGGGAAGUCGAGCACAGGUAGCGUCUUCUCGUAUUGGAGCCUCAAGUUUCGGGUUUGGUGCAACAUCAGGGCCUGCUGUAGCUGUGGGGAAACAGAAGCAGCUUCAGUCUGUGAGAGCCGCAUCACCAUCUGGACAGGCACUGGUGCACCAGCAUUCUCCCGCACCUACAUCAACAGUACAUCAUCCUCAUCAUCAUUUGCAAAGUUUAGCUGAACAAGACUAUCUUGAAUCCCCGUCCCUUCCUCCUCCUGAUUUAAAAGUUUCUCAACUUUUGGGAAAGUCAGACUUAGGAUUGCAUAAUCACUAUACUGAGGACUCUGUGCCUAUCCCAACUUCCAAUGUCCGGCUGGGUAGCAUAGCAAAAUCACGGCCACAAGAUUUGCAUUCUUCAUCUUCGUCAAUUAAGAAUCCCUCUUCGCCACAGUUGUCUACUUAUGUAACUCCCUCAACGGCUGGCAUUUCUAUACCAGAUCAUUCAAAUCUCCUUGCUGCAGAAACUUCAGGACAAUCAAGCACAAGUAGUUUGUUGGCUGCUGUUAUGAAGACCGGAAUUCUUUCUGACAAAUCAAUUACUGGUAGCCUACCCAGUUUGAAUCUUCGGGACAUGGGACAAAUUCAAUCACAACCAGGUGUUCUGCCCCCCUUGCCAAGUGGACCUCCCCCUACCCAGGUUGCACUCCCAGGGUCCAAGGUCGCAUCAGCACCUUCAUCAAGUCACCUUUCCCAUGAGAACUCACCAGCUUCCUCAGAUAAGAAGGUAGGACAUCCGCCACUUCCACCUAGCCAACCCCUCUCUUCUCUUGAGGGUACUGCAUCAGCAAAUGCUUCAACUGUGGUGAAUAAUGCCUCAGAUCCAAUUUCAAACCUUCUAAGCUCUUUAGUUGCAAAGGGUUUGAUAUCUGCAUCAAAGUCGGAGUCACCCACUCCUGUGUCAUCCCAAAUGCCGAAUGAACUGCAAAACCAGAGCAUAUCUACACCUGUCACCGGUUCAGUGUCAGUAUCUCCAGUUUCAGCUUCUCCAAGUCUUCCUGUUUCAUCUCGAACUAAUGAUGUAUCUCUCGCCGAACCUGUUGCUAAAACCUCUGCUGCCUUACCUCAAUCCAGCAAGAUAGAAACAAGAAAUGCCAUUGGCAUCGAGUUUAAGCCAGAUAAAAUCCGAGAAUUCCAUCCAUCUGUGAUCGAGGAACUUUUUGAUGACCUUCCUCAUAAGUGCAGCAUAUGCGGCCUUAGGCUCAAACUUAAAGAAAGGCUUGAGAGACACUUGGAGUGGCAUGCUUUGAAAACUCCUGAAUCCAAUGGUUCAGUUAAGGCAUCAAGGAGGUGGUAUGCAGAUUCAACCAAUUGGGUUGCUGGAAAGGCAGGACCUCCUUUAGGACCUGAAGACAACAUGUCAAUAGAUAAGCCUAGUGAGACAAUGGACAAUGGUGAGCCCAUGGUUCCAGCCGACGAAAGUCAAUGUGUAUGUGUUAUAUGUGGUUAUAUUUUUGAAGAUCUUUACUGUCAAGAAAGGGAUGAAUGGAUGUUCAAAGGAGCUUCAUACUUGAGCAUUCCAUAUGGGGUUGGUGAUUUGGGAACUACAGAGGAGAGUGUUGUGAAAGGUCCCAUUGUUCAUGCAAAUUGUAUAGCAGAAAAUUCACUCUCUGAUUUGGGACUGGCCAGCCGCAUUAAAUUGGAAAAGGAUGUCUAGUGCUCCGAGCUGAAAACAUCAAACCAUCACCAUGCAUUAUGAACUUCUGAGGGAAAUCCAGGUUUAUGUUAGUGUAUUUUAGAUGCGAAUCUUCACUCGUAAUUUUGUUGUGCCACAAAAUGGUGGUGAGAGCCUUCUACUAGUUCAUCUUUUUUUUUUCCUUCUUUUUUUUUCUCUCCUUUUUGUUUAAUUCAUAGUUUGAGAGGAAAAGAAAUACAUCUAUAUGCCCGAUAGUUUGCAUCUCAAUGAUUUCUCUUAUGUGGUUGAUGUUUUGCUAUAUUUGCUCUGUUUUUUACUUUUGAUGCUGCAAAACAAGGAAAAACACUUCUGAUCCUCCGAACAUAUCCUUCCAGCUUCACAAUUGGCAAGUGGUUGUGGCCCAUGUGGGAUGCCUCUGUAUCAAUAUGACAUCAUUGGAGUGGAGCAAUUAUUUCUCCUUUUUUUUUUCUUUUUCUUUUUUUCUUUCUUUUCAAUGUUAUCUUUUCCAAUAGGUGUGGUUAUAGCAUUGUGAGUUGAAUAUUUUAUAUUUUCGAUGUUUCUGGAAAGAUAAUGGAUACUGUUAUAUAUUGGCA